AUGGCAAAAGAAUCGUCAGCUUCAUCUUCAAAUUCAAUUACAAAAUAUCAAUUUACCUUAUCUGAUGAAUCUAAAGAAAGAAUUUUAAAAGUUUUAGACUAUUCAAAAACUAUUGCUCAUUAUGGGUUUAUUCCAUUUGUUUUAUAUUUGGGUUGGUCAGCAACUUCAAAUAAACCAUCAAUAUUGAGUUUAUUAUCACCAUUCCCAUCAGCUUAA